AUCGGCACACAGUCACCGUCGAAUCGUUAGGAAGAGAGUUUUGAAAUCGUUCUGGACUCUACCCAGUCCGAACUGAAGUAUCUACUGACUUUUGAGGUCAGAGCAGAUCACCUUCUUUCAGUUUCCAGGAAGUAAUGAAAAGUGUGCUUUGAGGUGUACAUAUGAUCACGAUUUCGACAAUCCGCAUGGGUUACUGAAGGCGAUUUGCGUUAGCCGAAACCGGUGCAUUGGACCCAUCACCAAAGGUGUCAGCCAUUUUUUGCCGAUCUAAGCACGAGGAAGGCGGUAAUAAUUUUGCAACGCACUGUGAGGAAUUUUCGCAAAUUUCUCGCCAAUUUUUUCCUCAUUUCGACGGUGAACACGGAACGCAACGAAUCUACUUCCGAACGAAUAUAUUCUCGAAUCGUUUUCGGUGAACGCUUCCAAUUGUGUACCUAGGGAAUAUAGAAGAACACAGUUAAUUAGGGACCCGAACAGCGAAAAUUAUUUCACUCAUUGGAAACCGGAGGAAAAGUUUAACAACACUACCAUACAAUCAGCCGGACGCGUACUAGAGUCUAGUCAGCGGGGAGCGAAGGAACGUGAAGACGAACACAGAAAACAACCGGGACCAUAGGAAAGCAAGGUGUGCGCCGAUCGCUUCGAAUCUCGAUUUUCCAUCGGUGAUGCAAGUAAAUAUCCCUACACAUGUCUGAAAUAGUAUUAUGUUCAUCGCGAGAAUCAUAAUUCGUGUAGACUAACAGACGCAGAUCAUUCGGAAUCUAACGAUAUUUAAAUGUCGAUGUAAAUGCCAGACCAAAGCAAAACAAACCAGUGCGGAAAAACAACAGGAAAAUUGUGGUGCGUUGAAGAAAUGUAACAAAAAUAAAACAAAACAGUCUGACGAGAGAAGCCGGAAAAUAGUUUGAGUGAGUUGACAAACCGUUUGCGUGUGCGUGUCACGAGUGACACGAAUUUUCCAAAGUGUGGCAACGUGGUUCGUGAAGAUUUAUGAUUUCGUUCUGACGAGGUGAAAUUGAGGUUACAUUUCGGAUUCGUUGGAGAACCAUGGGACUAGAAGGUGUGCAGACGAGACAGAAUGGGUCCACCGGGUUGUACUCGUCGUCUUUGCAGUGGUACUAUCUACCGAACGUUGAGCACUCGAGUGAAUCUAUACAGUCAAACUCGAAACUACUACCACCUCUGUGGAGCCCAUUCCCAACAUCGCAGAACUAUUCCAAUAGUGUCUCCGAAUCCAUAUCUCCGCUUGCGGAUACUAUUAACGAGUUAUGUGAACAGAUUACAGAUCUGAAUUUGUUUGGCUUAGGCCAGAGCCAUAAUUACCCAUCUCAGCACUCGGGUAGUCCUAAUGUCAACAGCAACAGAUACUCAAACAGAACAGGCUGCUUCAAUAGUUAUAGAAAUGACGUUACGUGUGGAAGUGGCAGUGGCAGUACUUGUGGUGGAGGUUGCACUAGUGGUUCCAGGAUAAAUGGCUUGAUAGACAACAGUGGAGCAUAUACUGAAGGAAGCUGCGAAGAAGCAUUGAACUAUCAGCAUCAUUUCCAACAGCAGCAUAAUCAACACCAUUCUUUACUUACAUCUAAUGGUCAGCAAAAUCAAAAAUAUAGCAAGAUUCCACCAGCCAAUUAUUUAUGCCACUUGUGUUUCAAGAAAGGUCACUACAUUCGGGAUUGUCCACAGGCCCGUCCCAAGGCUGAAGGGAAGACACCGUACCAAGGUAAAAAACGUUGUUUCGGGGAAUAUAAAUGCCCCAAGUGUAAGAGGAAGUGGAUGUCUGGAAACUCUUGGGCCAAUCAUGGUCAAGAGUGUAUCAAAUGCCAUAUUAACGUGUAUCCCCAUAAACAGAGACCACUUGAAAAACCCGAUGGCCUCGAUGUCUCAGAUCAAUCCAAGGUACAUCCACAAUUGUUGUGCGAGAAAUGCAAGACUCUUGGGUAUUACUGUAGAAGAAUUCAGUAGGAGUUGUGCAACAAGUGAGAAACAGUGCCUAAACCAUGUGCCAUCUCCUGAAAGUUUGAUCUAUCAUUCACACUAUUUUAUACAAUAUUAGAAACGAUCAUGAAAAAUUUGGUAAUAUGUUUUCAUAGGCUUAUCAAAGUCGUUAUACACGAUUUGUGUGCGUUAUAUGUUACGAACAGUGGAAAUUUAUAUGCCUUAACGUUUUUAAACGAUCGAAUAUUAAUAGUGGUAAAAGCUCAGCUGCCAGUUGAAAGAAACUUAUCUGUAUAUAAUAAUGCUCUAUCGAAUUUUUUUGUUUGUACCGUUUUCUACUAUCGAAGCAUUAUAUAAAUAUAUUGGGAACAGUCAUAUUAUCUUAUUGAGCCACGCAAGAUUUUACUUACGAAUAUUGUUACCGUACUAAAAAGGAAACCAU